AUGUACAUUCUCAAUAGGGGUCGCCACCUGAGCUACCAACGCGGCAAGCGCAACACAACCCCCGGCACGAGCUUGAUCAAGAUCGAGGGUGUGGAUGACACCAAGGCAGCAAACUUCUACUUGGGAAAGAAGGUUGCUUUCGUUUACCGAGCAAACAAGGAGGUUAGAGGAUCAAAGAUCAAGAUCAUCUGGGGCAAGGUUACGAGACCACACGGCAACUCUGGUGUAGUACGAGCACAAUUCAGACGCAAUCUUCCUCCUAAGUCCUUUGGCGCAUCGGUUCGAGUUAUGCUGUACCCAUCUUCGAUAUAG